AUGCAUACAGUACAGUACCGCAGCAAUGGUAAAAAUCUACCUAGGUACCUACGUAGGUUCCAGAGAGAGAAAAUCGAAGCAAGGGUACUGUACAGAUAUAUACCAUUCAUAGGUACGUGUACUCCACAAUCGGAAGAACGACUGCAAUCUGCAGAUGCAUAUACAUGCAGGCACCUUACACCGCAUAGCCGAUCAAGAUCCGAACCAGGGCAGUACCUGCCCACAACUCUGGAAUGUGACAGACGUAUGUCUGUAUGCACCAUGUCUGUACGAUGUAUGUAUUUCGGCCGGAAUAAUGAUCCUAUCCUGUCUGACGAGACGACGAGAUUGUAG